AUGGUAGCAGGUACCUGGAAGCCUCUCGUUGGCGAUGGGAUUAUGAUCUGGGAGCCGAUGAAACCUCCGGCUGUCAAAGAUACACAGCAACAGUGUUCGCAGCUGGUAUCAAGGGAGCCAGAUGUUCAGGAUGAAUUACAAGGCAGUUACGACAAUGAGGACUGUAAUUCGGUCUUGCCCUCGGUCGAGAUAUCGAAUCCCAAUGCCACUGCCGCCCAUCUCAAGAGUGAGAGGCACGAUCUUUCAAGCGCUCCUAGCAUGACGAGUAUAUCAUCUGUGCCCUUGAAUGGCGAUUUGAUUUCCUCGGACAGUGCCACCAACCCGACACCAACAUCGUCCCCUCUGCUCCAUUGUUCUUGGGUUGAGCAACUGAAAACUUUCGCUGAGCUACCUGAAGAUAAAUGCACUCCUCUAGUCUAUCCUGGCCCUCUUACGCCUCUAGAACCAUCAGGUCUGAGCUUGAACGUGAGUUACGACGCGGGAUACACAUCCGAUAGGACCGACCGAACGGAUCACGUUCUAGACUCUCCUUGCCCACGCCCAUACGGCGCCAGAGACUCGCAGCGACUUUCUCCAAUUCACAAAGAAUCCAAAGUGCGCAAAAAAAGAGAAAAGGCCGGAAAGAAGAGCUCUGUAAUUCGGCGACUUGACUUUGGCAGUGUCUCAACAAGCAAACUUCGAAAACCAAAGAACGAGCAUCGAACGCCUAAGAAAAGGCUAAUGGGCGGCAUUCUCGAACGCUCGCCGUCACAUCACUGGACAUUAUCGGAACGAACCUUCCUAUGUGUGCUGUGGCGAUGGUAUGCACGGGACACCCAAGCCUUCGCACGGCUAUUCAACGCAGUCCACAGGCUGGAUCUUCCAAUGAAAAAAAUCCGGGAUCAGUUGGAGAAUCAUGUGAGACUGUAUGGAGGAAAAGCUUUUCCAAUGUAUCAUGAUGUCUUCGGGGCGACCUUGUUUUCUGAUCCAACAGGAAAAUACGACAAGGCAAGACAUGAUAUUGAGGAAGCCGCGAGCAUGUUGGGUAUCAAACUCGUGCGACUAGACCAGGAAGUAAAGUCACCGUCAGGAAAGGCUGCGACAGCCAAGUCUCCGCUGACAAGGCGGUAUUACAAGGCACUUGUUCGACAGGCGAGGAAAUCAGCCAUCAAAAAAAUCUCCGUUGAGAAGUCGUCUAUCAAGAAGUCAUAUGCUGGACAAAAAGCUGGACAUCCCGACCUGCAAGCUUUACACAUUGGGGGCUGUUCGAUUGCCACCAGUGACCAGGAUGAAGGAGUUCUCACUGAUGCGGAAGAUGCUGAAGGUCUCACUAAUCCAGACGUCGUACCAUUAAUCGAAUACACAGAAGGCCUUGUUACAUCGUGUACGGUGCCUCCAUGUCUACUCUUCCGGGUAUGGGAUGCCUCAAGCAGAACAUCCUUUGGACCGGACGGCUUCACCUCCAGUGCAUUUAAAGAGUGGAGCGUGAUUCCUCCCCCUAUACCACCAAACGACCCUCAUGAUGCCUUUAAGUUGCUUGCACACUUGCAUUUGAGUAGAGUAGGUGACACGCCUUGUUUUAUCGCAGCGGCCGAGUCCCUAAUUCAAGUUCUGACUAUUGCCGCAAGACUCGACCGGCCUCAAAUCGCAGUUAUCGACCUUCGUGCUGCUUGUAUGCAAGAGGCACACAAGACGCAUUUGGCUGCUGAAACAUUAAAGUGGCUUAAAACUGAUGGAAAGAUCAAGCUCCGCUAUCGGUACCAGGGCCAUGGCGACUGGUUCUCUCAUGCAACUAUACCCAACGAAGCCAUCCUCACCCACUUUAAGCUCGAAGACUUGGACGACUUGUGCAAACACGACGACGCAGCCGCACGCCUGAUGAACCUAGACGCCUUCAAACCCCAUCUCAAGACUUUCCAAGUAGCCUCUGCAAUGCGAGAGAGAAGUACCACACUAAACACACACGUCGCCGGCACAAUCGGACGAGUAGCAAAUUUAUUCCUGGGAAAUACGCGGGCGUCCACGCAGCACAUUUCAGCUUUCGUCGCUCGUCUGGUCGACGGCUGGGCUAUUGAGAAGAAUGCUGCGACGGAUGUGCAUAGCUUGUCGUCCAUGGCUGCUGCAUUUGCGAGCCAUUUUGGGCGGCACUCGGGAUGUAGCCGGCAAGAGCUCAUGGGCGCGUUUCAGGACGGUAUAGACGAGGGGACGAGGUGCGCUGCACGCUGGUCGCGUUCGACUUCAGGUCGCCGAAAGAGUAGGAGGCGUUGA